GUCGCUUAGCAACUGGUUUGCUUCGUCCAGCUGAGCUGACACUGCUUUCACCUGUAAGGUAGAAAGAGAACUUGCCAGCACUGCUUCGGGCUUGCCCUUUCCACUCCCUCUUCGCGUGCUCACAGCACGGGCUUCUCUAAAAUGGUCCCCCAAGUUUGUCUUGUGGGUGGUGGCUGGCAGUGAGAUACCUCGGAUAAGAAGGACCUCAGUUCUGGAGGUCUCUGCUUGGGGGCGUCAGAGAGGUGGGAAGUCACAACAAAAUCGAAACUUAGCAGUCAUUUAACUGGGGAACUAGUAACCGUUAACCAGGGGUCAAGAGGGUAACUCGAGACCUCUGCCAAAAGAGUUCCACCCAGAGUAGUUCAGGGACAGGUGGCAGUCCCUCCACUGCUUCACCAUGCACUCCAGAGCUUACAUCUUGCUGAGAAGAGAGCUCGAGCAGUUACAACGCAACACAAAUGAGGGUGUUACUGCUUUUCCUGUAAGUGAAGAUCUGAUGACCUGGGAAGCUCAGAUCCAAGGACUUGAGAAUUCAAUCUGGGAAGGAUUUGUUUUCCACCUGGCAAUAGAUUUUACACCAGAAUACAACCUUGCUCCUCCAGCUGUGAAAUUUCUAACAAUUCCUUUUCAUCCAAAUGUAGACCUGUAUACCGGUCAGCCCAGUAUAGACUUUUUGAACAGCCUUGACAACUGGAACACAAAUUAUACACUAAGCAGCAUCUUACUUGCUCUACAGGUCAUGCUUUCCAACCCUAUCCUAGAAAACCCAGUGAAUUUGGAAGCAGCACAGCUGUUCAUUAAAGAUGAGUCUAUGUAUAGAAGAGUAAUUCAGAAACUUUCCCAGCCAGCACCAGUAACAGAGGGCAGCCUAGUGUCAAUUGAAGAGCCACAGGAACGUGUCAGAGUAAUUAAAACAAUCUCGUUUAAUGAUUACUACAAGACAUGGUCAGAGAUUGCCACGUCAAAAACUACAGAACUCUCCAAAACUCCAUCUUUUGGAGACCCAAAUUUCAUGGAACGGUAUUACAGAUGGAAGCAACAGGAUCAGCAGCGGCCCAAGCAGUGGAAGCCGACGCUCGGGCUCACUAAGUGUCGGUUUGCUAGAGAAAAUAGAUCACCAGAACACAGUAGCAAUCAGUUCGCCCAAAGGAUGGUUGUCGGCCCAUCUCCAACUGAAGUUUCUUAUGAUUCUAUGGAAAGUGAAUCACGGUCUUAUGAACCAGAGCCAGAGUGGAGUAAAGAAAACCAGCCAGAAGAAAGCGAGUCAAAUGAGUCCUGGGAAAAGGAAGUGGACAACCUGGUCGCCUGGACCAAUGCUCUCGAUAUAGAUUCCUUGGACUAUACGAACUAACAUUCAAGGGUUUUCAACACCACCCAGUCAUCAUGCAGCAACCAUGGCGGAUGUUAGGGCACGGCUUCUGCUCUCUACCCCUGUCGGUCUUAUCUUUCUGCAAGCACAAAAUACAAGUAUGAAUCAGA